UUUAUACGUCAGGUGGCGCUGUAGCCCACGUGUAUUUCGAAAAUUUAAAUUCCAAUACUGUCGAUCGAAAAUUAUCUUUCCGAUAAAAUGACGUAAACGUGUAAUGUUUUCCUUAGAAACUCGAUUUGCAAUUAUCUUUUUGUUAAGAAGAUUCGUCUCUGUUAGUCACUGCCAAAAAUUAAGUAUGAGUAAAAGUAUCCAUUCCGAUCAUAUCGAAGAAAUCCACCAAGUUCCUUUCCACGUGUUAAUAAGACCAUUUCAAAGUGUUUUGGAAGAAGAUAAAGUUCAAAGUUUGAUGGAUACUUUAAAGCAAGAAAAUAAAAGAAAUGAAGUUCCACCAAUUGAUGUUUUGUGGAUUAAAGGAAGAGAAGGUGGCGAUUAUUUUUAUUCUUUUGGUGGCUGUCACCGUUACGAAGCCCAUAAAAGGUUAAAAUUGCCAACGAUUCGUUGCAAGUUGAUGAAGUCUUCAAUACGAGAUCUACAAAGUUAUCUGGGGGCAUCGACCCCAGAUCUAAAGUGAUCAAAUGUAGUGAUCACAUGUUAGGCAUAUCAGAUGAUAAAAUUGGAACUAUUUUUAUAUAUUCACAAAUUAUUUUAAAUUAUAA